GUGACACGAACAAUCCUGCCGCAAUCGGCGUGAUCUUCCCGCUUGCUCCGGUCGCCGGAAUUCGUUCAGCGGCCCGAAAGCUCCAGACAAUGAAGGCUCCCUGGCUCUUCCUCAAUAUUGUUCUUGUGGCUGCGCGCAGGCAGGUAACUUACAUUGGUGACCAGGUGCUCCGGAUCAGUGUCAACAGUCCGAAACAGUUUAAUCUGGUGAAGUCCCUCGAGCAGUUGGAGCAUCUGAAGCUUGAUUUCUGGAAAGAGCCCGUGAGGAUCUCCCUCCCCAUUGACCUGCGGAUUCCUGCAAAGCAUGUUAACACAAUCAAAACCUUUCUGAGGUCUAAUGAUAUUGCAUAUUCUGUCAUGAUCAAGAAUUUGCAGUCGCUGGUGGAUGAAGAGCGCAUAGGUGGAUUAAUUUCUGAGCUGAGACAGAAUGGCACCUACAGCUUUAACUAUCGGACCUAUCACCCGCUGAAAGAGAUUUACAGGUGGGUAAAGAAUCUUGCUGCUGAAAGCCCACAACUGGUCAGAAGAAUGAGAAUUGGUAGAAGUUCCCAAGGUCGGGCAAUUCAUGUCCUGAAGUUUAGCACCGGGCACGGGCGUCCUGCCGUGUGGAUCGAUGGCGGUAUUCAUGGGCGUGAGUGGAUAGCACCUGCUGUUGCAAUAUGGAUGGCAAAGAGGAUUACCACCGACUAUGGCAACAACCCCUCCUUUACAUCACUGCUGAAUAAAAUGGAUAUCUUCAUGGUGAUCAUGGCAAACCCUGAUGGCUACGUUUAUAGCCAAACUAAGAAUCGGAUGUGGCGGAAGACCAUGUCGAAGAGUCCUGGAACACAUUGCUUUGGAGUUGAUCCGAACAGGAAUUUUGAUGCAAACUUUGGAGGGAAUGGCAGUAGCAGAGUUCCAUGCUCAGAAAGUUACUGUGGGCCACACGCGCACUCUGAACCUGAGGUUAAGGCUAUCGUUGAUCUUAUCAAGAAGCAUGGCAAUUUCGUAGCUUUCAUUACACUCCACAGUUACUCUCAACGCUUGAUGCAUCCAUAUGGAUAUACACAGGAUACUCCGGAAAACCUCCAAGAACUGGAUACGUUGGCACGUGAGACAACUGAAGCUUUGGCCUCGUUGUACGGCACUCAGUAUUCAUAUGGAAGCAUCAUACAAAUGAUCAAUGAGAGUAGUGGGAACAGCAUUGAUUGGAGCUAUAACCAAGGUAUUAAGUACUCUUAUGCCUUUGAGCUGCGUGAUGAGGGUCAAUACGGCUUCAUGCUUCCACGGAGUCAGAUUGUUCCGACAGCUGAAGAGACAUGGUUGGCUGUAAAGAAGAUAAUGGAACAUGCCUCCAAUCACUUACCUUGACUUUGAACAUGUUGCAUGUUGAUUUUCCAAGAGGUUCUUGAUGUCAAACAACUGUGUAAUUGUACUGUUCCUAAAGCUUUCAGCUUUACAAUGAUAUAUUUUUGCAUAUAUUACUUAGGACAAAAUGAGUGCAAAGGAUUUCUCACAUCUCUGUCUUUUGAGGAUUUAUUAUCUGUUCAGUGUAUUGUGGCAAAAGCCAACUAAGGUCUGCCCCAGGUGAGGUUUAUUAGCUGUCUUGGUCACAGAAGUCACGAGCUAUUCGCAGUGUCAACAUGUAAAAGUUUGAACAUUGCUCGCAGCUGAUUAGUAUGUGAUCCUUGCAUGGUGAGUAACUCUGAACCCUGAGAGAAUUACUCUUGAAUCAGGCAUUAUUCUUAGCCCCAAGUAUUAAAGUUCAAAGUACAUUUGUCACAUAUGUACACUAUAUCCAGCCUUGAGAUUCUUCUAAUUGCUGGCAGUCACAAAGCAAAGAAGUGUAAUAGAACCCAUUAAAAACCACCACCACAAAAACAAAGACUGUCAGACACCCAGUGUUCAAAAAAACAGUUUACUCCUUAUAGGUUACUGUAAGCCCUGAAUGGAGGUUUAUUUAAAUACUUCUUCAGUGAUCAGAUCCAUGAUUCAGGGUUUGCUCCACCCUUUGUGUGUGAGAUUACUCUAAUCCUCAAGUGAAGGACCUCUGAAUAAUUCCAAUCCUCUAAAGAUCGAUCCGCAGUUGAGUGCUUACUUGUCUCCCUGCAGGAAAGCCUGCUGUAAUCCCACAAUGAGUAACCUCUCUACACUCUGAGUAAUGAGGUUAAUUUGAUCUCCAGGGGUUGUCUUACUCAUGUCUCACCCCGAAAGUACAUUUCAAUAUACGUAUAGGUUUAAACUGGUAACGAUCUUAUGUUAAGAAUCUACCUUUGUUGCAAGACAUAAGGAUUUACCUGGAGAUUUAUCUUACACUGAAACACAGUCUAGAGUUGGUGUUUUCUGUCAGCUGAGGGCUAGAGCAGUUCAUUUGAAGGUUUAUUCCAUUCUCCUCAUUGAAAGAUAUGUGGUUAAUCUUAAUAAUCUUGUUUAUCUAAAUUUAUUGCUUAGGGGUUUGUUUCAAUGUCAGGUUAAGGAUUUAUUCAGGUUAAAUUUCUCAGUUGAAGGAGUAAAUCCAUUCGUGAGUGUGUCGUGAACGCCUUCCAAAUCAGAUCAAGGAUUUAUCACAAACUCAUCAGUUGUCCUAGAGCUGUAUAUCAUGAAAGAAGGCCCUUCAGCCUACCUGGGGUGACCAACAAGUACCUCUUUCAUACUAAUCCCAAUUUCCAAUACUAAGUUUGUAGAUUUCUAUGCCACAGCAUUUCAAAUAAAUACUUCCAUUCAGUGAGAAUACCUACCUGCAACAACUUUUCACACGGGAUGUUCCAGAUUUCUAGGUGAGAAAAAAUUCUUCUUCAAAUCCGCUAUUUAUACCUUAAAUCCACACCCUCUAAUAACAGACACUUUUCCUAAGGGAAAAUGUUCCUAUGAACCCUGUGCAUGCCCCUCAUAAUUUUAUCCAUUCUGUCAGGUUUCCCUCUCCUCCACAGAAAACAAACCAACUUAUCUAGUCUUUCCCCAUAAGUGAAAUGUCCCAUUCUGCGAUGUUUCCUUCAAAAUGUUCCAUCUUGGUGAAUCUGCUCUGCACACUCUCCAGUGCAAUCUUACCCUUCCUAUAGUGUGGCAACAAGGGAUGCAUAGUAUGUUGCUAAUUUUUCAGUUUAUACAUUAGUACCAUAAGUUCAUUGUUGUGAUAUUUUUGUAUCACAAGCUCUGUGCUCUUAUAUUAUACCUGUGUAUUCUUAUUCCAGUUGUACUGUUUAAUUAUUGACUCCAUCUCAACAUGACACUUACUGAAUUACUCUAAUCUUAGUCAAAGGUACAUUUAAUGUCAGAGAAAUGUAUACAAUAUACAUCCUGAAAUACGUUUUCUUCAAACAUCCAGGAAAACAGGGGAGUGCCCCAAAGAAUGAACUUGAGAACCCCAAAGACCCUCCAGCUUCCCCCUCCCACGGGUAAGCAGCAGCGAGCAACAAUCCCCCCUCCCCCGGCAAAAAAAAAGCAAGCAUCAGCACCGCCACCGAGCACUCAAGGGAGAGGCAGGCAAUAGCAAAGACACAGACUUGCAGUUACCCCAAAGACUUUGCGUUUCCGCCGGCAUUCGGCAAACCACGGGUUCCCUCUCUCCCUAAUAAGGAAGAGGGAGGUGUCCCCCAUUUUCACAGCGAGCGGGGAGACGUAACAACAACCCACUGGUUUACGAUGUUAAAAGUCCAUUUCAUCACUUUUUACGAGCUCUGUGCCUGAAAAUGGCAAAGAUCUCGGAUCUUCGGGUCCAUAGAGAAAGAUCCCCGAUGACACACGAGUCUCCUGCCGUGACACUGACCCUCGAUUUGCCAUUCCGGAGAUCUUAGGCUUCCAAAUACGAGCGAGGCUCUCAGACAGAACCCUUGGCUUGCCGAACAAUGGCCGGUCCUGAAACCCCGAGAAUGGGUCCCAGUCCCACAAAGAACCAAAGUCUGCGUGUAACUCCAGGUCAGGGUCUUCAAAAGAACCCUGAAUGGGUAAAAAUAAAAGAUAUUAAAGAUGGAAAUAGCUGUUUCUGAAGAUGCAAGCAAAGAAGUUGCCGUUUAGCGCCAAGAAUCUUUAGAUUGGUAAAUCAGUGUAUGAUCGUCACGUAUACAGCGAAUAACUUUGUUUUGCAUGGUAUGCAUACAGAUCUCGUACUCGCAAAAGUAUAUCAACGUAGUACAAGAGAAAAGCAGAAACAGAAUGUAAGAUAUAGUGUUAGAUACAGAGAAAGGGCAGACAACACUACAAGGCAAUGAUGAGGUAAAUGGUGAGGUUAGUCUCAUUUUAUUGUUCAAUUGUUUUAUAACAGUAGGAUAGAAGCUGUCCUUGAGCUUGGAGUGAAUUGCUUUCAGACUUUGGUAUAUUCUGCCCAAUUGGAGAAGCAGAAAUCUAUGGGAUGGGAGGGGUCUUUGAUAAUGUGGGCUGCUUUAACACAGCAGUGAGUGUAGGCAUAGUCCAUGGAGGGGAGACUGUUUUCGUGAUGUGCUAAGCUGUGCCCACAACUCUGCAAUUUCUUGCAGUCAGUUUAACUAAUUUAAACAAUAUUUUA